GACCAGGAGGCGGUGCCCGGACCCCCGCCCGCCUCCGGGGCUGCCCGCCCUCUCCCGGAUUUCCGGGGGGUGGGGACCCCGACUCUCAGGUCUUAGGGUUGGAGGCCUGCAUUUCUGGAUCCCUAUAAACAUGGGCUGACAGCCCCCCCAAGAGCAUCUCUAAGACCGGAGUGGGCAGGGACCCGGGCCUCUGAGGGGCUCAGGCUCCAGGCCGGAAACUGCACGCGGUGCUGGCGUCAGGCCCGAGGCCCCGCCACGCCUCCCACGGCCUCCCUGAUCGCCAUUCGGGGCUUGCGGGAGCACCUGGGAGGCUCCACCCGGAGCCAGACAGUGCCUGCCCCCACGCCCCUCCAGGACCCGCGAAGGAGAAGGAAAUCGGGACUGGCCCAGCGUCCCGUGCUCUAGAAGGCGGACUACUGCCCCGUCCCAAGCAGGGGAGGAGGACGAGCGAGGGCGUCACUCAUUCUGUCCCCCGCGGAAGAUACCCCACCGGGUGGCCCGUCUUCACUUGGGAACAUGCCUUCACAGUCAACAUGCCUUCUGGAAGUCUCUCUCGUCACUCCAAGAAAAGAUCCCCAGGAAACCUACAGGGACUAUGUCCGCAGGAAAUUCCGGCUCAUGGAAGACCGCAAUGCGCGCCUAGGGGAAUGUGUCAACCUCAGCCACCGGUACACCCGGCUCCUGCUGGUGAAGGAGCACUCAAACCCCAUGCAGGCCCAGCAGCAGCUUCUGGACACAGGCCGGGGACACGCGAGGACCGUGGGACACCAGGCUAGCCCCAUCAAGAUAGAGACCCUCUUUGAGCCAGAAGAGGAGCGCCCGGAGCCACCGCGCACCGUGGUCAUGCAAGGCGCGGCAGGGAUAGGCAAGUCCAUGCUGGCACACAAGGUGAUGCUGGACUGGGCGGACGGGAAGCUCUUCCAAGGCAGAUUUGAUUAUCUCUUCUACAUCAACUGCAGGGAGAUGAACCAGAGUGCCACGGAAUGCAGCAUGCAAGACCUCAUCUCCAGCUGCUGGCCCGAGCCCAGCGCGCCUCUCCAGGAGCUCAUCCGAGUUCCCGAGCGCCUCCUUUUCAUCAUCGACGGCUUCGAUGAGCUCAAGCCUUCUUUCCACGAUCCUCAGGGACCCUGGUGCCUCUGCUGGGAAGAGAAACGGCCCACGGAGCUGCUUCUUAACAGCUUAAUUCGGAAGAAGCUGCUCCCUGAGCUAUCUUUGCUCAUCACCACACGGCCCACGGCUUUGGAGAAGCUCCACCGUCUGCUGGAGCACCCCAGGCAUGUGGAGAUCCUGGGCUUCUCUGAGGCAGAAAGGAAGGAAUACUUCUACAAGUAUUUCCACAAUGCAGAGCAGGCGGACCAAGUCUUCAAUUACGUGAGGGACAACGAGCCUCUCUUCACCAUGUGCUUCGUCCCCCUGGUGUGCUGGGUGGUGUGUACCUGCCUCCAGCAGCAGCUGGAGGGUGGGGGGCUGUUGAGACAGACGUCCAGGACCACCACUGCGGUGUACAUGCUCUACCUGCUGAGUCUGAUGCAACCCAAGCCCGGGGCCCCGCGCCUCCAGCCCCCACCCAACCAGAGAGGGUUGUGCUCCUUGGCGGCAGAUGGGCUCUGGAAUCAGAAGAUCCUAUUUGAGGAGCAGGACCUCCGGAAGCACGGCCUAGACGGGGAAGACGUCUCUGCCUUCCUCAACAUGAACAUCUUCCAGAAGGACAUCAACUGUGAGAGGUACUACAGCUUCAUCCACUUGAGUUUCCAGGAAUUCUUUGCAGCGAUGUACUAUAUCCUGGACGAGGGGGAGCGCGGGGCAGGCCCAGACCAGGACGUGACCAGGCUGUUGACCGAGUACGCGUUUUCUGAAAGGAGCUUCCUGGCACUCACCAGCCGCUUCCUGUUUGGACUCCUGAACGAGGAGACCAGGAGCCACCUGGAGAAGAGUCUCUGCUGGAAGGUCUCGCCGCAUAUCAAGAUGGACCUGUUGCAGUGGAUCCAAAGCAAAGCUCAGAGCGACGGCUCCACCCUGCAGCAGGGCUCCUUGGAGUUCUUCAGCUGCUUGUACGAGAUCCAGGAGGAGGAGUUUAUCCAGCAGGCCCUGAGCCACUUCCAGGUGAUCGUGGUCAGCAACAUUGCCUCCAAGAUGGAGCACAUGGUCUCCUCGUUCUGUCUGAAGCACUGCAGGAGCGCCCAGGUGCUGCACUUGUAUGGCGCCACCUACAGCGCGGACGGGGAAGACCGCGCGAGGUGCUCUGCAGGGGCGCACACGCUGUUGGUGCAGCUACCAGAGAGGACCGUUCUGCUGGACGCCUACAGUGAACAUCUGGCAGCAGCCCUGUGCACCAACCCAAACCUGAUAGAGCUGUCUCUGUACCGAAAUGCCCUGGGCAGCCGGGGGGUGAAGCUGCUCUGUCAAGGGCUCAGACACCCCAACUGCAAACUUCAGAACCUGAGGCUGAAGAGGUGCCGCAUCUCCAGCUCAGCCUGCGAGGACCUCUCUGCAGCUCUCAUAGCCAAUAAGAAUUUGACAAGGAUGGACCUCAGUGGCAACGGCGUUGGAUUCCCAGGCAUGAUGCUGCUUUGCGAGGGCCUGCGACAUCCCCAAUGCAGGCUGCAGAUGAUUCAGUUGAGGAAGUGUCAGCUGGAGUCCGGGGCUUGUCAGGAGAUGGCUUCUGUGCUCGGCACCAACCCACAUCUGGUUGAGUUGGACCUGACAGGAAAUGCACUGGAGGAUUUGGGCCUGAGGUUACUAUGCCAGGGACUGAGGCACCCAGUCUGCAGACUAAGGACUUUGUGGCUGAAGAUCUGCUGCCUCACUGCUGCUGCCUGUGACGAGCUGGCCUCAACUCUCAGUGUGAACCAGAGCCUGAGAGAGCUGGACCUGAGCCUGAAUGAGCUGGGGGACCUCGGGGUGCUGCUGCUGUGUGAGGGCCUCAGGCAUCCCACGUGCAAGCUCCAGACCCUCCGGCUGGAUAGCUGUGGCCUCACAGCCAAGGCUUGUAAGAAUCUUUACUUCACCCUGGGGAUCAACCAGACCUUGACCAACCUUUACCUGACCAACAACGCCCUAGGGGACACAGGUGUCCGACUGCUUUGCAAGCGGCUGAGCCAUCCUGGCUGCAAACUCCGAGUCCUCUGGUUAUUUGGGAUGGACCUGAAUAGAAUGACCCACAGUAGGUUGGCAGUGCUUCGAGUAACAAAACCUUAUUUGGACAUUGGUUGCUGAAUGGUCCUAUCUGCUGGCUCUCCCCUGAAAUCUGGACAGAGGAAGAUGGGAGGGUGCUCAUCACCCCCACAGCAUAAUGAUCAGCCUCCUUCCUAGAGACAAACUCAUGCAGAUUGAGAUCAAAAGUCCCUCUGCUUGGGAUCAAAUUAAUGUUUGACAGAGCUGGCCAGGCAUGGUGGCUCAUGUAUGUAAUCCCAGCACUUCGAGAGGCUGAGGCAGGUGGAUCACGAGGUCAGGAGUUUGAGAUCAGCCUGGCCAAGAUGGUGAAACCCUGUCUCUACUAAAAAUAAAAAAAAAAAUAGCCAGGCAUGGUGGCGGGCACCUGUAGUCCCAGCUACUCAGGAGGCUGAGGCAGGAGAAUCGCUUGAACCCGGGAGGUGGAGGUUGCAGUGAGCCGAGAUCGCGUCACUGCACUCCAGCCUGGGCGACAGAGUGGGACUCCAUCUCAAAAAAAAAAAAAAAAAGUUUGACGGAGCUUUAAGGGAUGACCAACUAAGAGAGGUUUGAUGGCCCCUAACAGGAGGGGUAAAGCCCAACAGGGGCCAGGUGCGGUGUCUCACACCUGUAACCCCCAUACUUUCGAAGGUGGAGGCAAGAUGGGUUGCUUAAGUCCAGGAGUUAGAGACCAGCCUAAGCAACAUAGCAAGACUCCACUGUUACUAAUUAGCCAACUACUAUUAAUUAGUACAAUUACCCAGGAGUAGCAGCACAUGCCUGUAGUCCCAGCUACUCUGGGGACUGAGGUGGGAAGAUCGCUUGAGCCCAGGAGGUCGAGGCUGCAGCGAGCUGUCAUUGCACCACUGCGCCCCAGCCUGGGCAACAGAGGGAGACGGUGAAAAAUGGCCAGUAGGGGCCCUCAGAGGCCACCCAGCCCUGCCAAGCCCUGGCUGCAUCAGGACAAAGUAAUAUUUGAGCUCUGGGGUGGGUGCCACUGCCAGCUAGUGGAUGACACUAGGAAUGCAUGCCAACAUCCAGCAAGGAAUGCACAGCACAAAGCACUUGGUCCAAAGGCAAAUUGUGCCAAGUUGAGGAAAGCCUAUUCUCAAAUGUCACAGGAUACAUGGGGCACUCAGCAUUUGGGAAGAGUCUGGUAUGCAAGCUAACCCUCAGAAUGCUUGUUAUGCCAACAGCCCUGAUCCUCCCUUGCUGGAGGGGAUAAUGCCUGAAAUCUUAAGGUGGCAGGGAUGUCAGGAUGGCCCCCUGCCUGGAAUUCACUGGGCCCUGCCAAGAACUGACACCUACAAGGCCACGUGUAGGCUGGCCAUAACCUAUUAUACACUGUGCUUUCAACAAAAAUACAGAGCCCGCCAGGUGCGGUGGCUCACGCCUGUAAUCCAAAUACUUUCGGAGGCCGAGGCAGGCAGAUCAGGUAAGAUCAGGAGUUCGAGACCAGCCUGGCCAACAUGGUAAAACCUACUAAAAAUACAAAAACUAGGCUGGGCGCAGUGGCUCAUGCCUGUAAUCCCAGCACUUUGGGAGGCCGAGGCGGGCGGAUCACUAGGUCAAGAGAUCAAUUCCAUCCUGGCUAACACGGUGAAACCCCAUCUCUACUAAAAAUACAAAAAAUUAGCUGGGUGUGGUGGCAUGCACCUAUAGUCCCAGCUGCUGGGGAGGCUGAGGCAGGAGAAUCGCUUGCACCUGGGAGGCAGAGGUUGCAGUGAGCCGAGAUUGCGCCACUGCACUCCAGCCUGGGCGACAGAGCGAGACUCCAUCUUUUAAAAAAAAAAAAAAAAAAAAAUGGGUGUGGUGACUCAUACCUGUAAUCCCAGCACUUUGGGAGGCCAAGGAGGGCAGAUCACCUGAGGUCGGGAGUUCAAGACCAGCCUGACCAACAUGGAGAAACCCCGUCUCUUAAUAAAAAUAUAGAAUUAACCAGGCGUGAUAGCACAUGCGUGUAAUCCCAGCUACUC